CGCCCCCCACUCUUCACCUUUUUCUCCCUUCUUAUUCACAUCUCCUCUCCUACAACACAAACCCAUCAAUUCCUCUCUCAAUUCAUUCCCACACUAUUAUCCAUCUUCAUUCUCUCUCUCUCACUACAUCCUUUGUCUUCUAGUAACAUUGAAGCUUUGCUGGCUCUCAGGAGAAACCAAAUGAGGAAGUGUCUUUGAAGAGACAAGGUCUGAUCAUAUCAGUACUGAAGCUGAUUUGCCUUCUUUGUUGAAUGGGCAUUGGCUCUCUCCAAGUUUGCAUGGAUACCUCUGAUUGGUUACAGGGUGUGAUGCACGAGGAACAACGGAUGGAUUCAUCUUCAUCACCUUCUGGUGACAUAAUCACCUGUUCGAGGCCGUUGCUCGAGAGGAGACUAAGGCCCCCAAAUGAUCUAGCUCUCAAGUGUCCUCGCUGUGACUCCACACAUACCAAAUUUUGUUACUACAACAAUUACAGUCUAUCCCAGCCUAGAUACUUCUGCAAAACCUGUAGAAGGUACUGGACGAAGGGAGGUUCCCUACGCAACAUCCCUGUGGGUGGCGGUUGUAGAAAGAACAAGAAAGUAUCUGCUAACAAGAAAUCCAGUACUGAUAAUAAUCAACCACAUAACCAACAUUCUGCCACUUCAUCCUACUCAAACGAUGCCACUGAUCUUCACCUUUCGUUUCCUGAGUUGCAUCUUUCACACCUCAGUACCCUUUUCGGACAUUCUUCUGGGAAUCUUGGGAACCCUUACAAUGCUCUACUAGAAAACCCUACAAGGCCUACUGUUGAUUUCAUGGAGAAUAAGUUUGAUUCCAUACUUGGGAACCCAAGAAACCAUGAUUUCAUGGGAAGUAAUGAGUUGGGUCUUUUGGGUAGUCUUGGAGAUGUAGGUCAUAAUGGGUUUUCACCUUCCAAUCUCCAUGGUCUUUGCUCUCCAUAUGGGAAUGGGAUUUGUCUAGAUGGGAACCAAAUUCCAUCUAGGUUAAUGCUUCCAUUUGAAGGAAAUCAUGAUCAGGAUCCAAAUGUUGUAGAGACAAAGCCAAAUAAACAACUCCUGUCACAGCUGGAAUGGCAGGAUCAAGGUUGCUCUGAAGUUGGAAGAGAUUCCUUUGGGUAUUUGAACAGUCUUGGAUCAUGGAGUGGUGUUAUGAAUGGUUGUGGAUCUUCUGCAGCAAACCCAUUAGUUUAAGCUAAUCCAAUUACUUCUUAGUACCAUCUAUUUCCUUGAAGCUAGCAUGACUACAUGGAAGACGGCUGCACAAGGAAAUUUCUCUCACUCACUCACUCACUCACUCACUUUAUGUGUCCUUAGUUAUGGUUUUUUGAUUUAUUGAGCUUUGCUUUUUGUUUUUUCUCUUGCUUUCUUCCAUCAUUUGAUGUGGUGUGCCUUGGAGAAAGACAUUCAAAGUUGUAGGAUCUUGUUGUAAUACGAGGAAGAUAUAGCAUGGCUUUUCAGAAGAAUGAUGAUGUGUGUUUAGUAGUACCUUUUGUUGUUUUGUAUAAUAUUAUCUCUGUGUGAUGAUCUGAGUUUUGAGUUA